AUGUCAAAAAUUAAAAUACCCUAUGAAGAUGAUAAUGAAAACCUUCCAUCACCCACUAAAGAAUUACGAGAUGUUCCAUUUUCCAGGGUGUCAAAAACUAUUGUAAAACUUUCGUUGCCUUUGGUUUUUCUUAAUAUAGACGAAAAAUUGUCCACACCUACCCGACAUCGUCCCGAUAUUUUUAACGUGGAUGAAUCUCCAUUAUCUGCUUCAUCGAGAAGUCACGGAAGUCAGGAGUUUGGUAGUUCUCCAAUUCUCAGAGAUAAAAAACUUGAAAACAGUGCGAAAAAGGGCAAUACAAGCAAGCUUAAUGAAAAAUAUGCUAUGAUGCAGCAAAAGAUGACCCAAAUGGCACAGGAUAAUGAAACGCCAUUAGCAUCUAAAGCGGAAACUCCCACAGCACCAAAACGUCGAUAUACAAGAAUACUUGAUGAUGAAUCAGGAGCAAAUCCCUUUUACAUACCUUCGAGUACUCAAAAGGACACUCGAGGAAACUUGUUGUUCAAACAGCCUGAGGGAAACAAAGGAGAAGAAAUUGGUCAGGGUAAUGCAUCUGAACAGGAAUUUUCCUUUCGAAGAACGGUGAUUGAAUCGUUAGAGUGCCGUCAGAUUCAAACCUUGAGUAAUGAGGGAGGACCUUCCAAUUUUCCGCCCGGAAUUUUUUCACAUGAAUCUACGAUGAGCAGACCACAAAAUGUUUCAACACCGGAUUUUCGUCGCCAUGGAUCAACAUUUCAGCCAGAGACACCUCGUUGGAAAUCGGCACCAAGACUUAAAACAUCACACGCAUCCCCUUUCGUUACCCCACCACAUCGAAGGCAGCAAAAAUCUUUUCCCAAUACCAUGAGAAAACACGCAACAAGGUUUACAUCAGUUUGGCCACCUAAAUUAUUAUCAUCAUCAUCCUUAACAGAAGACCAGGAUGAUGAGGAAAAACUAGAUGAAUUGCUCGGACCAGCUCCGGUAUCCCCAUCACCGAGGGUACCAAGAAAACGAACUUACAGUGAAAUAGAUCACAUUUCUAAUUUAACCAAUGAUUGCGAAAUAUGCGAUGACGAAGAGGAGCCCGAUUCACCCAAAAGAACGUAUACAAACAUAUAUACACGACAAUUAACGCAACAAAAUUUAAGCUUUGAUGAUGCUGCGAAUCCACCUCUUGUUAUAGAUGAUGAAUUAUUUUAUGAUUCAAAUGAAUUUUUAAACUUAGCCAAUCUUUAA